AUGGGUUCAGUCGGCAAUGCGACGGCAACGUCGUUCGGCACCGAUGUGUGUCCGCAAGCACCAGAGGACCCGCUGUUCGGAUUGAUGGCUGCAUACCGCAGAGACAAGGAUCCAAAGAAGGUGGACUUGGGUAUUGGUGCAUACAGAGAUGACAACGCCAAGCCGUGGGUGCUGCCAGUCGUCAAGCAGGUAUGAUUCGCUACCUACUCAAGAGAAGAUCGACCAAUUAUUGCUGACACUUACAUUAGGCAGACGAGCUCCUCCGAAACGACCCCGACCUGAACCACGAGUACCUCCCCAUUGCCGGUCUGGUCGAUUUCACAUCCGCAUCACAGAAGCUCGUCCUGGGCAAGCAGUCGCCCGCCAUCGAAGAGAAGCGAGCUGUAGCUCUGCAGACCAUUUCUGGCACGGGAGCUGUCCAUCUCGGCGCUCUCUUCCUCGCCAAGUUCUAUCACCCUUCGAAUUCAGAGGCAAAGGCUGUCUACGUCAGCGACCCGACAUGGGCAAACCACAAUCAGAUCUUCAGCAAUGUGCACAUUCCCCUCAAGAAAUACCCAUACUUCCACAAGGGCACCAAGGGCCUCGACUUUGAGGGUAUGAUCGGAGCCCUGCAGCAAGCUCCGGAGGGCAGCAUCAUUCUGCUGCACGCCUGCGCACACAACCCGACUGGUGUUGAUCCCACGCAAGAGCAGUGGAAGGAGAUUGCGAAGGUUAUGAAGACACGGAAACUGUUCCCCUUCUUUGAUACCGCAUACCAAGGAUUUGCGUCCGGUUCGCUCGUGAAGGAUGCCUGGUCCAUCAACUACUUCGUCGAGCAGGGGUUUGAGCUUCUCAUUGCUCAAUCAUACGCGAAGAACUUCGGUCUGUACGGAGAGCGUGCUGGAUGCUUCCACUUUGUCACAGCACCAGGUGCUCACGCCACAGAGACUGUCAGCCGCGUCGGUAGCCAGCUUGCUAUCCUGCAGCGUUCCGAGAUUUCAAACCCGCCUGCCUACGGUGCUCGCAUUGCCUCGCUCGUGCUCAACGACGACAAGCUCUUCGCUCAGUGGGAAGCCGAUUUGCGCACAAUGUCUGGACGUAUCAUCGAGAUGCGCAAAGCCCUGCGAACAAAGCUAGAGGAGCUUGGCACGCCCGGCAAGUGGAACCACAUCACUGACCAGAUUGGCAUGUUCUCCUUCACUGGCCUCUCUCCUGACCAGGUGUCGAACUUGCGGGAGCAGUUCCACAUCUACAUGACGCAAAAUGGGCGUAUCAGUAUGGCUGGUCUGAACACGAAGAACGUCGACUACUUCGCCAAGUCUGUCGACGCCGUGGUGCGACAGAGUUCGUGA